UUUACUUCUCUCAAGUCCAGGGCUUUUAUUCAACAAGUGGCUGCAGCCUGAACCGAUCUCGGCAGUGAUUGUUUCCCCCAAGUUGCUACAAUUCUCUUGAAUAUACGAUCUCAGUUUGGAGAAUACCCAAUCAACAAAUAUGGCCAACUUACAAAAAUACUUUUACGAAACUUCUGGAAGGAUGUUCGUGCUGGUACUACUCUUCUUCUUCGCUUGCAAAGCUACAGCUUAUGAUAUCUCAUCCUCUUCCGAUGAAUCUUCAUCGUCUGAUAUCAAUGAAGUAAAACGCUACAGUCCGGGAGAUAUUGUGGCCUACUACAAACGCUACGGUUUAACCGAGGAUAUGGCUAAAAGAGCUCUGAGCCUGCUAGCACACUGGAAACCUCAAUUUGUUGGAAUGCCCAAAAUCAACACGAGGUCUGAUAUUGUAAGUGCUGUCACCAGAGGUGGAGGCCACUCACGACCAUUGGGCCAGCCCCUCAGAUGGGGAUAGAAGACAUCAUCUUGUGUUCAUCAGUUGUUAAUAAGAAUCCAGAUUUGUUUUCAGAAAUCAUUUCAUAAUGGUGUUUGAUUGGAAGGAUUGUAACACAAAGGAAAUAUCAGCUCAUGUUGAAUUCAGAUUUGGCUCGUAAUAACAUUUUUUUUAAUUUGCACAAAAAUUAAGAAAAAGAGAAAGAGCAAUCCGUUCCAAAACAUCGAAUAGUAAAACUGAAUCAAAUUUGAAUAAAUUUCUUCUCAAAUUCUCUAAUAUAAUAAUGUUUUAUUUACUUAAAGCAAAUGAAUGUAAAUAUUAGCUGAUAGUUUAUAAUUUAAGGAUAAACAGAUCAUAACAAAAAGUAAGCCUUCAAAUUUUAUUCAUUUUACAUUAAGACAUCGACUUCUAAUCGCUUGCCGCAAGAAAAAAAAAUAGAUUCCAACAUUUACAAAACACUCCAAACGAUUUAAAACAGAUGGCAUUUUAAACAUAUUUCAUUUGAUUUUUAAUAAAAAUGAAAUAAAAUAAUUUAAUACUGCUUUAUAUGUAUGAUUUUUUUAUUCAUUUUCUGAAAGUUGAAAAAAAAAAUCUCAUUUUCCAUCCACUGUUUUGUUUUUAUUAUCUACCAAAUGUUGAAAUUUUAAUAAUAUUAUUGUACGGAACUAUAUUCUAAAAACUGUGUGAAUUGAGUUUUUCGAAACUAACUGGGGCUCACUGAGAUAGUUUCAAAUAGGAAUAUCACACACAAAUGUAAUUUACUUGAUAGUCAAGAAUUUGUAUUCAUUAAAUUAUAUAAUUAAACAUACUAUUGUAAAGCAGUUUUUUACUUUUUAAAAUUCCAUUUCACGAAUUUACAUAUUAUCAAUGAAAUUAAAAAUUCAUUCAUUAGCCUUCGUGUUUGAGUUAAUGAAGAAAAUGUCUAGCUAUUGAUUUUAUGGGUAAAUUCUAAAUUGCAACAUAAAAAAUUCUGUUGUGCCGUAAGUAAAAUAAAUUCCAUCAUUUUGAACAGGUAAAGUCCAAUGAUUAAGAAAUAAAACAAGAGGCAUAGAAUUGCAUUUGUAAUACAUCAAAAUAAUUAUGAUUCAAUAAUUUUAAAGCACUCCAUUUUAAUUCUUAUAAAAUUUAAAUAUACGAUAGAUUUUAAAUAAAACUAUUUUAUAUUAUUUUCCUUUCCAAAAAAUUCUCACAACUAAAUUAAGAACAUGGAAAUAAUUUAUCUUCUAAAAUUUCAAUGCAUUUUCAUUAAUUUUCAAAAUUAAACAAAAUCGAAACAAGGAUAAAAUAUAAUGCCAACUGUUGCGCUAAUAAAAAAAAAAAUUGAAACCAAUAUGUUUCACUGUAUUACAUAAAUGAAAUUGCGACAUGAAUAUUAAACAUAUCUUAAGGAUGGUAAUUUAUUCUGUAAGUCAACCGCUUUUUUACUUAAUCUAAUUUGCUUCUUAGUAAUCAUUAAUAUUAGAAUAACUGCAACGAAAUACUUAAUCAUUAAAAGUAAUUUAUUCAGACCUACUUUGAUAAUGCGAAACGUGUGUAUAUUUUUUUAAU